ACCUUGCAGGGAGGUCGGAAAUGAUGAAAGCAGCCCUUCAAACACCAGGAAAAGCCGACUCAUGGUUGAGAAGGUAAACACGUGCCAAGGAAGGUCACAGGACCUGCCAAGCAGUCAGGGACUGCUGACGAGCCUCGUGGCCGCACCGAACUGAUUCAUCGAGGCUAAGAGGACUGGACGACCGGACUUCCUCGGUGAGACGAACUUGAAAGCGUCCAUCUGCCACCUCAGAAAGACUGUAUGAGGUCAGCAGCUGUGCCUAGGGCGAUUGCCUCACUCAGGUGGUGGCAGUGUCAAAGAGGACGAACUGCCGCCACCCAGAUUCCAGUCCGAUUCCUGGGAUCCCGACAGGAAGUCCUCAUUGUGGCUGAGAGGCAGAAGACGGGGAAGAAGACACACCAGGCACACUAGCCAGUGUCCAGCUUUGUAUGCCGAGAGGCCGAGACUGAACACUUAAAAAAAAAAAGUGUGCAGUAAACGCCAAAUAAUGACAGGGUUUAUAGCAUGCUCUAACACGCUGGGGUUGUAAAAACGCAUACUCGGGCUGUCUGGAAGAUGACCUGAUUCCCAGCAACGAUGCCACCAAGCUCCACUGAGUCGGCUGGUCUGGGAACUGGCAGCCUUAGGCGGUCACAGGUCCUCCCGGAGCUAGGUCGGCUUCUCCAGCAGCCCGCCUCCUGCCCUGCAGAUGCUUCAUUGGUCCAGCCUGCCUCCAGGUGCCUCCUGAAGAACUACCAUGUCUGGGAAUAGUUCAUCUUCCACAGAACACAGGAGCAGCAGCUGUAGCAGCAGCAGUAGCAGGAGCAGCAGCUGUAAAUCUCACACCUCAAACCUUCGGAAGGCGGGGAAGAAAUGCUCAUGGGCUUCCUACAUGACCAACUCCCCAACCCUCAUUGUUAUGAUUGGUUUGCCAGCCCGGGGUAAAACUUAUGUGUCCAAGAAACUAACACGCUACCUCAACUGGAUUGGGGUACCCACCAAAGUGUUUAAUCUUGGGGUCUAUCGGCGUGAAGCAGUCAAGUCCUAUAAGUCUUAUGACUUCUUUCGUCAUGACAAUGAAGAGGCUAUGAAGAUCCGCAAACAGUGUGCUCUGGUAGCACUGGAAGAUGUUAAGGCCUAUUUCACUGAAGAGAGUGGGCAGAUUGCGGUGUUUGAUGCUACCAAUACCACUCGGGAGAGGAGGGACAUGAUUUUGAAUUUUGCUGAGCAGAAUGCCUUCAAGGUAUUCUUUGUGGAGUCUGUCUGUGAUGACCCUGAUGUCAUUGCUGCCAAUAUUUUGGAGGUAAAGGUGUCAAGCCCUGACUACCCUGAAAGGAACAGGGAGAAUGUGAUGGAGGACUUCCUGAAGAGAAUCGAGUGCUACAAAGUCACUUACCAGCCCCUUGACCCAGACAACUAUGAUAAGGAUCUGUCUUUCAUCAAGGUGAUAAAUGUAGGCCAGAGAUUCCUGGUCAACAGAGUCCAGGACUACAUCCAGAGUAAAAUUGUCUACUACCUUAUGAAUAUCCACGUCCAGCCUCGCACCAUCUACCUUUGCCGGCAUGGAGAGAGUGACUUCAAUCUCUUGGGAAAGAUUGGGGGUGACUCUGGCCUUUCGCUUCGAGGCAAGCAGUUUGCUCAGGCUCUGAAGAAGUUUCUGGAGGAGCAGGAGAUCCAGGACCUCAAGGUGUGGACGAGCCAGUUGAAGAGGACCAUUCAGACCGCUGAGUCCCUCGGGGUGACCUACGAGCAGUGGAAGAUCCUGAAUGAGAUUGAUGCUGGCGUGUGUGAGGAGAUGACAUAUGCAGAGAUUGAGAAACGGUACCCAGAGGAGUUUGCACUUCGCGAUCAAGAGAAGUACCUGUACCGAUACCCUGGUGGGGAGUCAUACCAGGACUUGGUGCAGCGACUCGAACCUGUCAUCAUGGAGCUGGAGCGUCAGGGCAACAUCCUCGUCAUCUCCCACCAGGCUGUCAUGCGCUGCCUCCUGGCCUACUUCUUGGAUAAAGGAGCAGAUGAAUUACCGUACUUGAGGUGUCCUCUCCAUACCAUCUUCAAACUUACUCCUGUGGCCUAUGGUUGCAAAGUGGAAACAAUUAAACUCAAUGUGGAGGCUGUGGACACACAUCGUGAUAAGCCAACUCACAACUUCCCCAAGAGCCAAACCCCUGUAAGGAUGAGAAGGAACAGCUUUACGCCUCUGUCCAGUUCGAACACAAUAAGGCGUCCAAGAAAUUACAGUGUUGGGAGCCGGCCCCUCAAGCCCCUCAGCCCUCUCCGAGCUCUGGACAUGCAAGAAGGGGCGGACCAGCCGAAGACCCAAGUUCUGCAAGGGUCAACCCAGGCUGCAGAACAUCCACAGAAAGCCCUGGAGUUUGCAAGUGGACAGGGUGAGAGCUCUUGCCUCUUUCCAUGAGAAACAGCCCUGAGUUCUUGCUGCCCUGGGGAGCUGGCUCUAAGGAUGUGGACAUGUUUUGGGUUGUGUUACUAACUCGAGGAGCCAGACAGUCCUUUGUUGGCUGUGGAGUGGGGCUGGGUAGGGUGAAGUCUAGUUCUCACAGAUUCGCGGGUCAGACUUUUUGUCCUGUGGCUCUCAGUUUUUUCUUCACAAUUCCAGUAACUUUCAUGCAGCCCAUGACCUUUGGGGUUGUGUAAAAGCACCAGGAUCCAACAUUGAGCCCUGAAUUUCUCCAGGCAAAAGGCAGGGUGGUCAGUAAGUUCAGUAAAGCUGCUCACCAUUUACCGAUACUUUUUAGAAUGAUUUCCUUAAGCUAACUUUUUACAUGAAAAAUUAUUUUUUGAGCAUAAAAAAUGUUUUGAAUUUAACCUCUCUUAUUGGGGUAUUUUGUUUAUAUUGAGAAACUAUCUCAGUAGUCCAAGGAGUCUCCUGAGGGUUGGCUCUCGGAAGUUUAUGUGUAUCUGUUGCUUAAGGGGAUUCUCUCUACAGUGGCCCAGGGGCCUGUCUAUUGAGCUCAGUACCAGUCCACUCGAGUUCACUUUUCUAAGGGACAGAUCUAAGGGUCUCAGGAGACUCUUCAGAAGAGACGGGUGACUCCCUACCUCUCAGUUUGUCGUGUGGGGCCAACUGGUGAGAGUAGGGUAGCAGUUUUCUAUGAGGUUUUGUCUGGGGAUAAAAGCUUUUUGCAUGGUUCUUAUCCAGAGACAGACCUCAGACUGUUCUGGAGAAUUUUUGAAAGACAUACUUGCCUGGGUUCCCUUGGUCAGGCUGAGCACUGCCUCAAAUCUCUGUAUUGGUGCCUAGAUAUGUGGGUGUUUAAAUUACUUCCUUAGUGGUCAGCCCACUAAGGGUCAGAAGGUCCUUGAGGUGUUGGGGAGAUGGCUCAGCUGUUAAGAGCACAUGCUGCUCUUCCACUCUAAUGCUCAUGUCGAGUGGCUUACAGCAGCCUGUAACUCCAGUUCCAGGGAAUCUGAUGCUCUCUUCUGGGCUCCCUAGGUGCUUUCAUAUGUGCAGCUCAUACACACAUAGACAUAAAUAAAACUAAACAAAAUAUUUUUUAAAUCCCACUUUAUGAAGCUGGAUAGAAAAUACCAGCAUAUUGUUAUCUUAGAUAAAUAUGUAUCAGACUGGAAAUUCUGAAUUCUUGGUUCUGAUGCUGGAGCAGAGCACAGUUUUGAAUGAGUUACCCCCUCAAAGGCAGGCUGCUUUGUUAGAAAGGUAUUUUAGGUUCUAGCCCCAUCUUUUCCCUUGGCAUUACAGGUGAUGUGCAACGCAUUACUGACUUAAACACGUACCCUUGGGCCCACACUGAGAACUCAUGCAAGCUGAAGGUACAUGGAGAUAGAGCCAUGAGCUGAUGGAGGUCGUCAUCACAGGCUACUGACUUCUGGCCUUGAGCCCUCCACCCUUCCAUCCCACAUAGCUGCUUCAGUCUGUUUCAGACUGCCUAGAUUCCUGAAACUCGUCCAAGACUAAGAAACUGGCAAUUCCUGUUAGGUAGUGCUCAUUGUCCCCUCUUGACCUCUGUUUGUGGGCACUGGCCUUAGUGAGGAAAACACAUGCAAAAAGAUAAAACAAACAUUUUCAAUUUCCUUGCCCUGGAGAUUACAAACAAAACAGCAACAACAACAACAACAACAAGCCAACCCUUAAGAGCCAGGCGUGUGUGUGUGUGUGUGUGUGUGUGUGUUUAGGGCCGAUCAAUAGGGACUGGAUAACCUAUGGGGGCUUGUUCUGGAGAAGACUGAGUCUCCCUCUCUCAGUAACUCUUCAUCUAGAGGGACGUGUGUGUAUGUGUGUGUAUGGAUAUGAGUGCAAUAACAACUGGGAGGGAUUAUGAACUUGAAAGAGAGUAAGGGGAAUUUUGGAGUUGGACAGGGAGUAGGAGGGCUAGAAUACAGUACUCAUGUAUGAAAUACUAAACGUAAAAAUAAAAAAGACAGGAGAUGUAAUUGAUAAAUUAAUAUUUGUAAAAGAAGCAAACAGGCUAGAAGAGCUGAUUUGGGGGUAGAGGAUAGCCUGCCUUUUGGCUGUUUUCUUGUUCUCUGGCUGUGAAACCCCAAGGUUUGGGAUGUCCUCUCACAGUGUGAGAAUGAGAUGUGGGCUGGGCGGUAGGUCUGGCACUUUUACCAGUGGUUCCCUUGUCUACUGCUUAGUCAUUAGCAGCUCUGGUCUAAAUUGGCGUCCAGUCCUUUCUUCUUUUGCCAGGUAAGAGUAAUUCAGAGCUACUGAGUGGGGAGAGGGAGAGCCCUGACCCAAGAAUUAAGGAUCUAGUUGCAAGGGGAGACUUGCUGACCACCUGGAGCUAGGCUCCCCUGUUGUAAGUACCGUCUAUAGGGGCGGUUCACUGGGUGAUCAUUCUGACUCUGUCUGCUCCUCGCUCUUUCGGUUUCCCCUGUGUUAGUUCGCUUCUGGUACAAGAAGAGCUGGGGUAGUCUUGUUAUCCCUGGCUAACAGGGAGUGGAAGUUGCAGCUGAGAAGCAGCAGGGGUUUCAGCAUCCUUGAGCUUUUAGAGCUAGAUCCUUCAGAGGAGCAGAGCGGAGAAGCAGGAAAACAUUGGAAAGGGCUCUUUUUCCAGAGUUGAGAGAAGUCCCUCUUCUCAUCUUUCCCGUUCCCCUGUUACUUGCAGGUAGGAGAUUGCCCUGCUAUGCUUGUGUCUGUGUCACAAGCCCUACAGAGAAAAGAUGACUUGUGGGUACCCUGUGUUUAGACUUUCAGUUUUGUUCUGGAGGGAAUAGGUGAAGACUUGAAUCUACCUGUGUAAAUUCUACCUGUGUACAAUGGAAGAGAAAGGAAUAUUUUGCAUUUAUUUGUUCAUAUAUUUAUUUUUAAACUCAAAGCUGAAUGAAAUCCCAAAGAAUCUAAAUUUAGAGAACUUUUUCUGUCCUACCUUGUUUCUAAAGUAGAAUUUAGACUUACUGGUCAUCGAUGUAGGGCCUUUUCUCUUGGUAAACGAGUCAUCGCAUCAUCUCUAGACACGCGUUAUGUAUGUGCUCGCCACUCCUGCUGGCUCCUAAGAAGUCAGAGUUCGGCCAGCAGCAUGUUUGUGUUCCUAGACCUAGUGGUGGAACUUCAGGCAAGGAUCUGAAUAGUCCUCUUUGAAAGCCACAGUUAAUCCUCAGGCACCUCAUUUGAGAAAACUGUAAUUGUUAAGGAAUAAGUCUGCCUGAUGAUUCUUCUGGGACACAUGUGAGUUCUCUGAGUUCCAGAGAAGCUCUUUAGCCCGGAGUGACCGGUGAACAGGGAGUCCCAUGGGCAGUUGAGGUAGCUCCAGUGAUGGGUUUCAUGUGCGUCCCCCACCUUCCAGUCUCAGAAGAACAUUGUACUUGUUGAAGUCUCAGUCACCCAGUUUUCCUUGUAUUCCUUUUGUUUGUGUUUUAAAGCCUUUUUAUUUUAAAAUUAUGUAACAGUUGAACCAGGUAGCAGGCCUGCCACGCAACAUCUUGGCUUUUCCCUAGAAGUGAUGAACACUCAUUGGAAGUGUAGCUAAGAAUUUUGUUUUGUAGUGUCCAGAAGACGAGAGAGAGGUCUGUUUGCCUCCUGUCUCUCAUGUCUCUGUCCUGAUUGGUAGUCUAUUUACAUUACUAUAGUUCCUUCAAGGAAGGAAAUGAAUAUUUUGCAUGUUUCCUUUAUGAAGAAGUUCUAUACACUGGACUUUUUAUAGAUAAUUAUUAUAUAAUAGUGACCAACUUCUCAUUAUUUUUUAAAAGAUGAUUUUGUAGAUAGCGUGUGAUUUUGUGAGUCUAGCUAAGGUAUUGUAAGAGCUGUGACUUUUGAAGUCACAGUAGCAGUUAAGUUUUAACUCUGCUUGAAGUUACUUCAUCCAGUCUGCUGCUUCAAGGCAGGACUUCCCUUUUCUCACCGUUCCUGAACCUAAUGUGUCCUCAGAUGACCCUGUCAAGGGCCACUGUGUCCUCACUGAGAGUGCUGUUGGUUUUAGUCUGCUGUAUUUGUCCUUAAUCUUAUACAAAGGGAAGUGUACAUCCACAAAGUGAUCCCAAGAGUGGGCCAGAGUAGUUUUUUCCUUAAGCCUUUCACCGGGUGUGACUAACAGUCAGGUGACUCGGUUUUUAAAGAAGCAUCUGAAUUGGGUGUGGUUUUUUUUUUUUUUUUUUUUUUUUUACUCAGAUGUGGUGACUUCCCUGUGGCAAAAGCAAAGGACCAAUCACAGUGGGGAGUGUGAUACAGAGAGGGGCUGAGCACUGCUGGUUUGGAUGGAAAUGGGCUGAACUUGGGAAGCCCAGUAACAGAAUUCAUUGCAGAUUUCUUAGGCACAGCUCUGCUAAAAGUGAGGAUAUUAAUCCUUAGUAGCAUUCUGAUUUAUUCUCGUGAUAUUGAUUAUGAAAUAUUGCAUUGGGUCCAUUUAAAGUGUAUAUAAUUGUAUUUAAAAUGUGUUUUAUGUGCAUGCCUGUAUAGAAUGGGUUAAUAAAGUUGUUGAAUAACUUGACCUUAUCUGAAGGCUUCUGGUAUUAUUUUUAUUAUUAUUAUGCUAAUGAUGACGAUGUUUGUAUUUUGAGUUGUUCUUCUCAUCUACUGUCUUCCAAAACUGUCUCAUACUGGACAAACUGAUACUUAGCAAACCAGUGUAAGUUCUCAGAAUGCCUGGCGUCCAGGGUCAUAAGCAUGGCUCUCUACCACCACCUUCUGGGCGAAAGUGGGAAGGACAUUAUUGGCAAUGCAUCAACUUUAGUUGUCAAGUCCCUUGCACCUUCUGUACUUGUGCAAGAAUCAAGAACCAUAAUAGAACACACUACAUGUAACUUUUGUUAUAUUUUGUAAAGAAAAUUUUGGGAAUUUUUAAAGAAUUUGCCAAGCAGUUGUUUCUAAAAUAUGUCCUGCCUGUUUCUAAGCAUACUUCAGCCAAUGGUAUGAGAUGGUACCUAACUCCUCCUGGA